AUGAUGUGCUGUUUGUCUGCCGAAGCACGUGAACAGAAACAAAUCAAUCGAGAAAUCGAGAAACAAUUGCGUCUUGAUAAAAAGAAUCAACGGCGUGAAUUGAAACUGCUAUUACUAGGGACGGGAGAAUCCGGUAAAUCAACAUUCAUCAAACAAAUGCGCAUUAUUCAUGGAACAGGCUAUUCCGAAGAAGACAAACGCUCAUUUGUUAAACUUGUUUAUCAAAAUAUAUUCAUGGCAAUGCAUAUAAUGAUUCGUGCUAUGGAUACGCUCAAAAUACAGUACAGAGAUAAACGAAAUGAAUUGGAAUAUGCUCCGUUGGUCCGAUCAGUAGAUUAUGAAACUGUGACAACGUUUGAACCUCCAUAUGUAGAAGCAAUUAAAAGUUUGUGGAAUGAUCCUGGCAUCAAAGAGUGCUAUGAUAGAAGAAGAGAGUACCAACUAACAGAUUCAGCCAAAUAUUAUCUGGAUAGUAUCGAUCGAAUCGACACGCCAGAUUAUUUACCAACUGAACAAGAUGUUCUUCGUGUCCGAGUUCCUACGACGGGAAUCAUUGAAUAUCCAUUUGAUCUUGCAAAUAUUAUAUUUCGAAUGGUGGAUGUCGGUGGCCAGCGUUCCGAACGUCGAAAGUGGAUCCAUUGUUUUGAAAAUGUCACUUCGAUAAUGUUCCUUGCUGCACUAAGUGAAUACGAUCAAGUUCUUGUUGAAUCUGACAAUGAAAAUCGAAUGGAAGAGAGCAAAGCAUUGUUCCGAACGAUCAUAACUUAUCCAUGGUUUACGAAUUCAUCUGUGAUCCUUUUCUUGAAUAAGAAAGAUUNUUCGAUAAUGUUCCUUGCUGCACUAAGUGAAUACGAUCAAGUUCUUGUUGAAUCUGACAAUGAAAAUCGAAUGGAAGAGAGCAAAGCAUUGUUCCGAACGAUCAUAACUUAUCCAUGGUUUACGAAUUCAUCUGUGAUCCUUUUCUUGAAUAAGAAAGAUUUAUUAGAAGAAAAAAUCAUGCAUUCACACCUGGUUGAUUAUUUUCCUGAAUUCGAUGGUCCUAAACGUGAUGCUCAAGCUGCACGCGAAUUUAUUCUGAAAAUGUACGUUGACCUCAAUCCAGAUAGUGAUAAGAUUAUCUAUUCACAUUUCACCUGUGCAACUGAUACGGAGAAUAUCCGAUUUGUAUUUGCAGCUGUUAAAGACACAAUCCUACAGUUAAAUCUAAAAGAAUAUAAUUUGGUUUAG